CCAUUCGCGAGUUUCAUACCUUCACAAACUAAGAAGGCAAUCUGUUAUUGUUUUUUUUCUGUGUAUAAAAUUCCCGAUCGCAGAUCAAAUCGGGAUUACUGAUCGGAGAGGGCUUGGUGGGGCAGUGUCCAUGGACAGCCUCGAAGGAGAUCCAUUUUUCCCGGACGAGCCUCCCGAUUUCUCCCUACUGAAAGACCUUCUUUUCCCGUCCUAUCUGGACACUGAGAGGUGCGAGGGCGGCGGGUCGGCACUCGAAGACUGCAAUAAUAACCGACUGCUCCUUCGCAAGUCUCCGAGAAACCGGAUUGAGGACGCAGUUAUCGAACCGAACACCGAACUGCACUCCCAGAAACCCAGCCUAGAGCCAAGAAGGGCUAAGGACAGCGAUAACUUUUCCCAGGUUCGGGCGAACAGAGGUCCAGUGGCACAGUCCCCCAUUGUGACACACAUCAGGAAGCCCGCGUGCCAAGGCUGGAGAGCAGAGCUCGAUCACGUGUUUAACAGUUCGGUGUCGCUCCCUGUAGAACAUUCUGCGCCAAAGUCCACAGACAGCGUCAUCAUAAGCUCAAAUGCCCACUCUCCCUCUGCACUGAACUACUCCCCCACUGAAGAAAAGAAGAGCCAGGACCAGGUGCCUCAGACCACCAUUCUGUACCUUCUGCAUGAAACCACAAAACUGAUCCUCCCUGCUAGGCAAGACUUGCAGGAGGGCUCGUCUGUAGAUGGGAAUUCAUUGCAUUCCCUCAACCAGAGCGACCUGGGAAAAGACUCUCUGCGUAGUUCACCUCUUGUACUAAGCAAACCUACAGGCGCAGGGAGAAAGGAUACCAACAUGGAGCUAAAUAAGUAUUCAGGUUCUUUUAGAUUCAUGUCCAACCUGCCGGAAAGCAGUGCUUUGGAUUUGAUUAACCUGAUCAGCAUCCAGUGCAAGAAACUGCUGCACCCUGAAAAUGCAGACGACACUUUUGGGACAGCCUCAAAGCCAGAAGGGACGGGGUGCCUCGUGGAUACAUUUGCAGGGCAGGAGGAGGGGGGUUCAAAAUUCAAAGAGGCCAAGACCAUGGAAGGGAGCCCGCGCCAAAGAACUGAAGUUAAAGGUGAGACCAAAGCAGAGGCUCUCCGUCGUGGAGGAGAGGAUGAGGGCGCGCGCACUGCAAAAGCAGGGAGCUCAAAGGCCCUGCCUUCUGCAGAGUGCAGGGGUAGAGCCUGGCAGCUGAGGAGUCCUCAUCAGAAUAAAGUCCCGGCAGCAGUGGGCUACAUAUCCCCAUGCUGCAAUGCCAGAGCAAGUUUGCUUGGAGAAAAAGAGGCUGGGAGGAAGCCCCGGGAUAGUUCCUGCUAUGAAGAGCGUGCGUCUUCAACUAUUAAAGAGGGCGCUCUGUGGAAGAAAAGACAAAUGCUGGAUCCAAUAGAUCCAAACGGGGCUGAGAACAUGGUAAGUCCUUCUGACGAGCAGGAAAGGCUACCUGUGCUGACAACUUCCCAAAGAAGCAUGGGCAUCAUUUCAUUAGUGGUUAACCAGCAAAAUAACACUGAGCUGCCGGAGAGUGAUUUAAUGCCCAUAAAACGUGAAACACCGCCAUCCGACAAUAUGGUUUCUUUGCCUGCAUCUUUGGACAAUGGCUAUGGGGACACGGCUGCAGAGUCAGGGGUGACAAUGAACUCGAAUGACAAUCUAACAAGUAAGUCUGGUGUGACAGAGGCUUUGCAAGUCUCUGGCAAAUCCAAAGUCAGUUCUGGCACUUUGUGCAAUACUAUAUACGUGUCCGUCAGGCAAGCAAAAAGUCCCAGGCUCGCUGCAGACUGGGCCGAAUCUGCCCUGCACAGCAUCUCACAAACCCCUGCAUGCGGCACCGGGGAGCAGCUCUCUGAGAAAGAAAGCAGCCCCCCCCCGGACCCCAGGAGCUGCGGCCGGGCACCGAGAAAACAGCAGAACCCCACGAGAAGCGCCGCACGCUAUGACCCAAACUUCAGAGGGGUGACCAUGCACAUGGAGAUGCAGCUAAACGACAGGAGGGCAGAUCAGUGCCAGCUGGUGAUCACCCCGCAUUACAGCACAGAGUUCUGGAAGAUAAGCCGGAAACUCAGGUCCAGGAAAACCCGUCCUCUCACCGACACGAGGAGGAUAAGCAGCUCUGAAGAGGAAAGCGAUUCAGCCUCUUCCUUAAAGAAUAAAAUUUGUGCGUCCUGCGACACGAGGAAAACACCCUUGUGGAGGGAUGCAGAAGACGGUACUCCUCUGUGCAAUGCCUGUGGUAUAAGGUAUAAAAAGUAUCGGAUCAGGUGCUUUCACUGCUGGCACAUUCCCAAGAAAGAGGGGAACUCCAACUCCAGGUGCUUCAGGUGUGGAAACGCAUUGCGAGUGGCGGCUUAUCGGAAAAACUCAAGCUGGUAGAGAACUCUGCUUCAGCAUCAUUGCAACUGUAAGGCUUUAUCUUUCUUUCUCAGCCCUGAAUGACCACAGGCUUUUGGAUCUUACAAUGUUUCUUACCACCCCAAAGUGACUGAGCUAGCAAUAUUAAACUAGCAAUUUCAA